AAGAACAACAGACACCAUUGCUGCAGCGCAAGACAGAGUGAAGUGGAGGUCCAUGAUCGCCCACGCCCAUCAGCAAGGCACCGAUUGAUGAUGAGAUCUAGAUCUAGAUUUAUAACUUACAAGGGAAAAAGAAAGACUUCUACUAGAGUAGAUCUAGAUCUACCCUUUUCAUUUUAAGAAACUGAUAAAGCGUUAAAUCAAGACAAUGUUUGACAUGUUGAAGCUUUAGUUUUUAUGAUACAAUUUCAUGAGUUUUACAUUUGUAAGUUGCUGUAUGAGUGGUGGGAAAACACUAAUUAGAUCACAUUCUAGAUGUAGAAUCUAGAUCUAAUGUUUAGUCUACUGAUUUUAAAGUAACCGUGGCACCGAAAACGACACAGUUAGAGAUCUAAACUUGUAAAGGAUCAAUUAAAAUGCUUCAGAAAUGUUCACUAAAAUUGUGUAUUUUGUUCCCUCGAUCACAUCACUGUUAACGAUAACAAAAACGCUGUUCUAGCUGUGGAGAGAUGAUUUGUUUUGAUAGAGGUUUUAUGACAAUUGCAACACUUAACAUAAUAUACGUGCCAAAUAUUACAGUUACAAGAGAAUAACAAACAUAAAAAAGAAAGAGGGUAACAAACGAAGACAGUACGACAUAGUGAUAGAAACCACACGUGCGCCCACCAACCGUCCGAGCUUUGGUUGACGUGAGAUAUCCAACAGUGCAAAUGUUGUUUAGAACAAUUUAGCUCAAGGUAUGAAAGCCAUAAUAUCCAUACGACAGAAAAUAUAUGGAAUGUCAGGGCAUAGUCUGGCGAGAAUCAGUGUCAAUAAAAGAGGUGUCACAAGAAUUAUCAUCAUCAAUAGGAUGCGUGCAGUAAAGAAAAGACAGGCAUGAAAAAAUGGGACAGAAGAAAGGAGCUGGGAAUGAGAAAGGAGUGAGAAUGUGAAACAUUAGGCUAAGUUACAAAAAGAGGCCAACGGAAAGAAGAAAAUGCGCUCAUCAGGACGCUCACCUCAUGUGCCCACGCUGUUCGACGGUUUCUGAAAAAUACCGUUAAAAGGUUGUUGGAAGGAUCUUCCUACAGUAGCGAAGUCGAUCACAAGGUCAAGAUUGAAUUUAAUCGGACACGCAAAUAACUUCCCUGUACAUGUGAAAGAAGCACACGAUGUUUAAAUGGACUUCUCCAAAUAGCUUGUCGGUGCCAGACCAAAUGUUGUCAAAUAAUGAUUCGUAUACAAGAAAGGUGGCACGGCUAGAACUGGCUGGACAUCAUCACAAUAAUGCCCCUUCAGUCGAUGGCAAGAGACAGUCUUUAAAAUUGGUGAGUGAUCGGAGGCAGGUAGACCCCCAAGACGGUAGGAAGCCGACUAGUACAUGCAACAGACAAACUGCCAAAUCAGUCCCGACGUCUCCCACAGAGUGGAAAGGGGGACAGCAGAAGAAAAAAAAGAGUGCCAGUUCAUCUCUCCCGAGCUCACCACAAAAGUUCAAGAAAGCCACAGGAUAUCAGGCGAGUCAGCAAAAGCAAAGUCUAUUAUCAAAAGUCAAAGGAAUGUUCCGAAAGUCUGGGUCUAAAGGAAAAUCUCAUAAAAGGUCAACGUCAUCCCUACCCUCCUCUCCAAAGAAAUAUACUUCUUUCACCGAGAGCCCUGAUCAAGGGUGGAAGGGAGGGACAUGGACAUCAGUCAGAAAGGUAAAGGAGAUCAGCCCCGCAGAUCCGAGUUCAAAAUCUGGGCCAAAAUCGAGAUUGGGGAGGUUGAUUGAAACGAAAAAGCAACAACGGAAACUGAUACGUUCUCUAAAUGAGAAACGAGACGAGGACAGCAAGCACCACGUGAUUUCAACUGACUAUGACCCUUACGUGCAGCGGGAGUUUCCUUACAUCCCUACCGCUACAGAACGAGUCCAUGACAGCAAAGUAGACCGAUUUUUACAACCUGAUGAUUGUGAAUACAACCAGCGUAUUUGGGGAAUAGACAAAAGUUCAAGACAUAAUGCUAAUGUGAAGCAGAAAAAACUUAUAACAUUUUCCAGCAUCCAAACCCGGCCAGAAACUUCUCCGGGAAGCGAAGUGCCUGACGCGACUGUACCUCAAAUGACUCGCGAUUCUCUCAGACACAGCUUGUCCUUCAGAUCAAACAUCGACAACUCACUGGGUUUUCCUCUCUUUAAAAGAGAACGCAAACGAUGGUCUCUACGUAGCGAGGGAUCUGUGGGCCUGUACGAGGAUCACGUUAGAACUGAGCUUCUUCCCUCGCCCAAUGUCGAGGAAAGCAUGCACGACAAUACUGAUAAAUACAAAUUCGGCCAGUUACGUGCUAGACACUCUCUCAGCGACACAGACAGAGAAUCGAAUCUGACAGCUAGUCUGACGUCUGUCCACGAGUAUGAGCAAUCGUUACUGAGUCAUGAGAGGGCUGGUCUUGGGAGAGUGAAAGUCAUGCCGUCUGAUGUGAACCAGAUACUACUAACCAAAAUGGGACUCACGUCUCCUAAAGAACGUGAACUGAAAAGAGAACUGAGUAAGGUUAACGAAUUAAGUUCUGAGAGAUCGAAAAUUGAGAGACAAGCGUUAAGCACCACCGGAGAGCACCUAUUGAUGUGUGGGAAUAUUUCAGUGGCUGAAAGAAAAGAACAACUGCGAAACACUCCUAAUAACAUUCUUUUUGCUCAAGAGAAUUCGGAAACAAAUCUGCACAUGAGAAAUAACAACAACGGUCAUCACGGGAAGAAACAACCUGCUUUGGCAAACCACCCUUUUGUAAAUGCUAACGGAAUUUUGAAUAAGGAGCCCGAGUUGUUAAUUGCAACGCAUCAUGAUCGUAAGAUCAAAGAGUGGCAAGCUCAUAUUUAUCAGCGUCCUCAGGGUUUCAGUUUAGAUAUCACACCUUGUCAAAAGGAGACACUUAACUUUGAAAAAUGCCCAGUUCAGAUUAACACAGAUCUCACUGAUCGAAGACAAUGUGAAGUUAAAAGUAGAAAUUUGAUUAGUUCUUUGGUUCACGCACGGACACCUCAAAGUUUCCUCUACCCGAACAGCCCAUCCAGCAACUCAGAGGACAGCUUUGGCGGCAAAGAAACUCCCAAACAUUCGACACCUGCUGACAGCAACAUGCGGAACAGUGAGUUUCUGAGCAUCAGUCACUGGCUGGAACACAGCAAGUGUUCGAGUAUCGAGGGAGCCAGCAUCCCUCUUGAGGAGGAGGAACAUUUUCAAAAUCACACCAACACAGAUACUUCUUGGGAAUCUACGGGGUUUUGUCCAAGAGAUGCAGAAGCGGAAGACGAAGAGCAGAGACCGAACUUUGAUCCCAAAGUCAUGAAGGCCAUUUACAAGGAUCAGCAAGGUCCAGAUAAGAGAUCGUCUGAUGAGAAUGAAGUCAAAGAGCCCGUGGAGACUAUCAGAAGUCACAUUGAAGUCCACAGAGCAGGAACCAUUAGCGUAAAUGACAUCAGCAGAGAUUUUCAGACAACUGUAUCCCCUGAAACAGUCGAGGAAGUAGAAGGUAUCCAGUCCCCAGAAACAUACAGCCAUGAGAAUGUUCCAGCUGCACCAUCACCUUUAAAAGAAAUGAGUUGGAGUGCCCCAAGCAUCAAUAUUGAAGAAAAUCUUUCUUCUACGUCGGAUCUUUAUGCCAAAGAAAUUAUUAGCGAUACGAAUACGAGUGUCUUCGGACCACAUAAAGUGACUCGUCAAAGUUUGUUGCAGUGCAACAUUGAGGCAUCGAACUCUGCCGCGGACUUGCCAAAGUGUUUGAACGUAUUCCAAGGUAGAACAAAUGACGUGAAUCACAUGUCUUGUAUGGAUGCUGACACCAGGCAUAUGAAAACAGGACAACCCUUUGAACAAGAUGGAUUUAAGGCUGAAGCCUUUGAUGAUUCGUCUGUCGCUCUAGUAGACAUGGUGUACUGCAGUCCAAAUGUAGUACAUAGCUCAGGGGAGACUAACGGUCCAGCAACUGUUCUAACCUUUCUUCCAGAAAAUGAGGUAGCUCAAAAGUCUGUUGGCUAUACAAAGAACUGUAAAGAUCCAUCGAAGCAAGAUCUCAGCGGGGUUACUCCAGGUUCAAAGAUUUCAGAGAAGGGAGAGAGCGUUAGCGAAAGUUCAGCGCACUUGGGUCGGCAAGAUUCUGUCUCUUUGUCUCCGAGCCAACACAAACAAGAACUACGCCAAACAGAUCUGCUCAAUCCUACCUCAAACCUCGGGCUACCAUUCGAUCAGACAGACACAACAAGGGUUACUUCUGAAGAGGGCAUCAUGGACGUUGAGGCUCCCAGUGACAUGAUAGAGUCCGAGUGGAGUCUAGCAGACAACUCAGUCUCAGACAGGGAUAUCAAAUUUACACUAUACGAUAUCGAGGACGUGCUCUCUCCACCACGCACCCAAGACAGACCUAGAGAGACCACUACAACCACGGCUACAUCCCUACCCACAGGAGAUGACAGAAACGAGACAUGCUCAUAUGAACCGUCCUCUCGUCUUACGGGAAAGUCAGCACUCGAAAGGCGACAUCUUGCUGCCUCGAGUAAGUCUGAACACUUAGGAGAGAUGUCCUCUCCCGACGUCUCGUCACGUCCUGUAGAGGUGGAGUUCUCUGACUCGAAGCUAAGACGUGACGACCCCACACGGCUUAUCGAGACUCAUCGCGUUGGAGGUCUACAAGCAGGUUCUAGAACAGUUCAUGGGCCUGAAGUGAGUGAGAAACAUGCCGUAACAGAACGGGGGGUACGGCCACUGGAAAUGUUCAUCAUGCCGAGCUCAGUUCUAGAGCAGCGCGGAGGGGAGAGGCAGGGGCAAACUGACGAGGAAUGGCUCAAGAGCAGGCCCAAAAAGCGGGUUUCUUUCAAAUUGGACGUCGUCGCCGAGUCUUCCACUGACGUGAGUGUCAGCUCAGACGACCACGCUGUCAUAGAAUCAGACUCACAUUGUCACGCUAAAGUUGAGACGGCAGUCGACAACGCCCAAGCUCAACAGCGUAUAGAUGUAACGUCCUUCCCAGAGGGCGGAGACAACUCUUCCACCGAUGUGUCCACCAGCAUCACAGACAACUCACUGUACACGAAAGAGAUUUCCCAAGUCGUCAUCACAGCCAGUAUUGAUGACGUCACAUGGUGUGUCAGCAGAUCCUCUGCAGAUUUUCCUGGGGAACAACAAGAUAGAAUGGUGUCUAUGGGGGAGGAAGUUCGAAUAAACGAAAGGAGAGAGGAGGUUGAGGUACCGAAAGAUGCAAGUGUGGAUUCAAAUAUCCGACAUGUAGACUCAGAAAGAAGUAGACUGAAUGAAGAAAUUACAACAAAAGCGCGGAAUGUUCUGGUACAUGACACUGCAGAAUUUAGAUCACAUCCAAUCACCGAGUCCGAGACGAUAUCUGACCACCAAACGAAUGAUGAACAGGGAGAAGAGGAAUGCCAUGUGAUGUUGACCGGUUCACAGCGAAGCCCACAAGAGACAGCAUCAAUUGGCACACAUGGUACACUGUUUCUGGGAAAUAGUCUUAAAGAACACGAUAACGAGAAUAGUCCAGGUUUGAGAGAAUCUCCGGGUAACCAUGAUAUAGAUAAUAGGGAAAGAUCACAAGUUGGAAAGUCCGCAGCUGUCACAGAACCUCUCGAUUCAGAUCUUUCUGAACUGAACACGCCGAAUGGAUCUGUCAUGGGACGGUCAGAGGGAACAUCUCCUGAGAAAACGAGUGACGUCAUCAAAGCUCUUCACGAGAAUGUGUGUGCUUGGUGGGACAAGCCUCUCUCCACGUGGAAUCUAGAAAGUUCCGAGUCUGAUGGUGAUCGACUCACUACUGACCACAGCAUCGGCUCUAGACCCUUGGGGAACGUCUGUGGACACGACAAAAUGCCCCGUGAGAUGAGCGGCAAUGAACACACCAGUAUGGCACAUUCUCAACAUCAACUAGUCUCUAAACCCUCGAUAGGGGCUGGAAGUAUGCAAGGUACACAAGAGACAGCCACGACCCAAGCACAACAGGAGCUCCCCAUACAGGAAGACCAGAAAUCGCACCUGCAGCGACAACAGAAUCUUGAUGAUGGGCGCAAAGAUCAUAUACACGAAAAACGAAAUGAGUUUCACAAAUCAAAUAAACACUUCCAGCAAAAACAGAACUCCUUCAUAUCUCAUCCUCACAGCCCGGCAGGACAAGCACCGUUAAACAGUGGGAAACCGCAAGACUGGACAUCUCCCAGAACUCAGGCCAAUUUUGGAGAAAAACAGAACUUGUUAGAUAAACGCUCUACUAAUGUUUCUUUGAAUAAAGAUUUCUCAUCUCAAUUUGACGGUAAACUGUAUAGAGACGGGCCCAUAAUUUUGAGCCAGUUCUUAGGAAAAGCAGAGCAAAAAAGUAUAUUUGGGGACUCUCCUGAGACAAUCGAUAGCUCACUCCUUCCCGUGUGCCAAAAAAUGCCAGCUCAAAGAAAUGGAAGUGAAUCUUUGAAUUAUUCAGAAAAAGGAAAGUGCACCAGUAAACCUGACACCUCAACCAGCGACGACCGGUGCCAUACCUUUGACUGUAAGGAUGCAUCUCCAGUGUUGUGUGGCGUAGCAUCAACUGUGGACUUAAAAGAGCAACAAAUGAUGACGUUUGAUACUUCUGAUUAUGACGAAAAACGGAGUUUUCCUAAUCACAAAAGUACAAUUUCUAAUGUGAAGUCAAAGUCACGGAAUCGGAAACAAUGGAAGUCAAACAGGAGAUGCAGCAGCUCUGGAAAGCGCACGCUGAGUGAGCGAACGAAACAACGUAUAUCUCACGUGAUCGGUGGGAGUACUUCAGACGCCGGAUCUGGGGAUUGCGUGGACUCCAGCGAUGAUAUCUUGUACCAGUCCACGAUGGACUUUUUCCCAACAAGCGACAAGGGGACCUCUUUGCCGCAUCCGGAGGUCCGGUGUGUCGGGACCCAGUGCAUGCCGGUACAAGGGGAAGGGGGGCAGCCAGUGUGGGAACUACGUACAGAGACGACCACGAAACGACCCUCCGGAAAGCGCAAACGUAUCACUACUAUUGGUUCUAUAGUCAAAGACAGGAACGAAGCGCUGAAGGGGAGUUCAAGAGCGAGCAGAAAGUCGUCAAGUUUCCACGAGGACAGACAUGGUGACUUUACAAGCAGACUACUUCAAGGCCUUUCCGUUCCCACCCUUCCCCCUGCCAACCGCCAGGUUAUGGAGUCACACGAACAGCAAAAUUACGAUUGUAACAAGGGAUGCAGUGCACCCUCUUACAAGCUGCACAGGGACCAGGGUAGUGGCGGCUUCAGGUUCCAGCAGCGUGGACAUCAGGAGGAAUAUGAACUGUUAUCGGGUAUUUACAAUGGCAGUUCUGGUGGAAAUGGGGGAUUGAAUGGCGACGGUUGCGGUAUUAGCUUUGGUUGUUGUAAGGGUGGUGGUUGCUGUGGCAGUGCUGGUUGUGCGAUGGACAGUAGAGAUGGUGCUCUCACUGAUGGAGCGAAAUAUCCUAACCACACUUCACGGAACGAUCGAGGGUCAAUGGAUAACAAAGAGAAUGUUUGCUCUGGCAGCUGCCCACAGGAAUCCCCUCUGCAGAACAGGAACGUUCCAGAGGGUGAACUCCUCGCUGUCAGAGACCUAGCAAAACAGGACAGCAAAACGGGCACAUCGCAAGGAAUAUCGCGAGCUCUGGCCUGCAGACCUGGACAAUGGUUGUUCCUAGCUACGUUCUUCUUGUUUCAGUUUAUCAUGCAGUGGAUUUUUAGUAGCUGAGUAAUCGUCUCUUGUUGCCUUCUUCUGGAUCACAUGAACCAAAGAAUAUUAUAUCCUUCUAGGGGACACGUGACAAUGAAAAUGUUGUUCAGAGCAAAAUCCAGAUAGUAUGACAUCUUUUAGGGUUCGAAAUUGUUAGCCCAGUUGCGAGGUGUCUUGUUCUAGGCCAUUCAUUACCGGGGUAAUUUUUCUUAGCAGUGUCUACACAUGUCCACAUCAAUGGUUUAAAAAAAGUCCAAGUGUCCUUCGAUUGAUUUGUGCUCUUUAGCGUACUGAAACCAAUGUACGCAUAACCUCAACUGUCUUUUGCCAUGCCCUAUUGAAAAUACUUUCCGUCUUUGGUUCGUGGACCAUACUUGUCGCACAUAUUGGAGCUCAAACGCUUAAAGCUUAUAUUCUCUGCUACUGAACCCCCCCCCCCCCCAAAAAAAAAAAAAAAAAAAAAAAAAAAAAAAAAAAAAAAAGAAAAAGAAAAUAAAAAGGAAAAUAAACAAAUUGUUGCAGGCAGCAUAGAACGACAUAGAAUCUAGAAGUGCAUAACAUUUAAUUCACCCGUCGCUAUGGAGAAGGGG